GGCAAUUUAUAAUCCACAGAGAACACUAUAAAUGGACAAGUUCUCAACAAGUUCUUUACACAUCCAAAUUAUUUUCUCUCUCAACCAAGAAGAAAUGAACAUGAGUUUGUUCCCCGAGGUUCUCUUAUCAUUACUCGCCACUCUCCUCGUCUACCUCCUCUUCUGCAGGACACGAAGAGGCGGUAUGGUCGUUGUGAACUGGCCGGUUGUUGGUAUGCUCCCAACGAUCAUCGUCAACUACCACCACCUCCUCGAUCACAUUACCUCUAUACUCCGAGAGUUCGAUAACACCAUCAUGUUCAGAGGACCUUGGUUCUGUGGGAUGGACUUUCUGCUGACCUGCAGUCCUGACAACGCUAAUCACAUGUUCAAUCUCCGUUUCUCCAACUAUGGGAAGGGCGAGGAAUUCGCAGAAAUAUUCGAUGUUCUCGGGGAUGGGAUCAUCGUCGCUGAUGGUGACUCGUGGGUGGACCAGAGAAGAAUGGCUCAGGCACACAUGAACACUCCCACAUUCCGCUCCUCUGUAGGCGACUUCACCAUAAACAAGCUGACAAAGGUGCUCCUCCCCCUGUUGAAGGAUAUGGAAGAAUCCCAUAAGGUGGUUGAUCUGAGCGAUGUGCUCAUGAGAUUCACAUUCGACGCCAUUUGCACUUUGGUUCUAGGUGUGGAUCCUGGCUGUCUUGCUCCUGAUUUCCCUAGCAUUCCGUUUGUGACAGCUGUGCACCAAGUCGAGCAGGCUCUGAUAUUCCGGCAUAUAGUGCCAAUGUUCUUCUGGAAGCUGAUGAGGCGACUGAAAGUGGGGAAAGAGAAAAAGAUAGCUGAAGCAACGGAAGUUAUCAAUCAAUUCAUUGAAAAAUGUAUUCAAGAAAAGAAGGAGAGUCAAAAAAUCAAUAAUGGUCGAAUUAUUAGCAACAAAGAGGAGAAAGAGGAAGAAGAAGGGCAUAUCGAUAUAAUAACGUCAUACAUGGAGUACUCCAUCGACGAUAAAUUUCUGCGAGACACACUGCUCACUUACCUGGCUGCAGGCAAGGACACCACGGCAGCUGCACUCAUAUGGAUGUUCUGGCUACUCAACAACAACCCUGACGUCGAGAAAAAGAUCUUGGAAGAACUUAGGAAGCUCAGACUCUCUUCUGAAGCCAACGAUGAAAUAUUUGUGUUCAGAACUGAAGAGAUCGAUGGAUUGAUCUAUUUGCAUGCGGUUUUGUUCGAAACCCUAAGGCUUUAUCCGUCGUUGCCCUUCAAUCAUAAGGCAGCAAAGAAGGGCGACAUGUUGCCCAGUGGCCACAGAGUUAGACCUGGCACGAAGAUUUUCUUCUCGCUGUAUUCGAUGGGUAGAAUGGAGACAAUUUGGGGGGAGGAUUGCUUAGAGUUCAAGCCUGAAAGAUGGAUUACGGAGAAGGGAACACUGAAGCACGAGCCAUCGUACAAGUUCAUCGCAUUUCACUCGGGGCCGAGAUCUUGUUUGGGGAGGAACAUGGGCAUGAUUCAGAUGAAACUGAUGGCUUCUGCGAUGAUAUACAACUUUGAAGUGAGAGUGAUCGAAGGUCAUGUCGCCGAGCCUAAGGCUUCGGUCGUCGUUCUGCCCAAGAAUGGAUUGUUCGUUAAGUUGAAGAAGAGGAAAUCAUGGAAUAUUGGAUGAUUAUCUUCCUAAAAUUAUUAUGUUUCAUUUCUGCAAUGGUUUGUUUUAGUGUUUGAUUGUUGAAUACAGAUAAUGUUGACGUAUGUAGUUUUCCCUUUUUUCCACUUUUCUUCUGUUUGGAAAGAGGAUGGGAAGUCAAGAAAUGUCGUUAAUUUCCUUAAGCAGUAUGCCAAUCUUUUUUUUUCUUU